AUGAAAUUGAUGGAUGGCCGUCGCUCUCUUUCUCCCAACCACGGCGCCGACUUGUCCACUUACCUUCCCCCUCCCCAGCUGCUGCACGGGCUCAUGGCUGCACGCAUUUCACUCAACCGUCGCAAGAUCGUUGUUCUGGGGUCUCGGUCUGUGGGCAAGUCUUCGCUCAUCAAGCAGCUCGUCGACCAUCGUUUCUCUGAAUCCUACUACCCUACAACGUCAAUGACUUCGCACAAGACUAUAACGCUGAACGGCGUUGAGUACCCAUGUGAAAUCAUAGACACGGCAGGGCAGGACGAGUAUUCACAACUUCCCCCGCAAUAUGCCAUAGGAAUACACGGCUACGUAUUGGUGUACUCGAUUACGUCGAAGACAUCAUUUGACAUGGUUCGCACCAUCUACGACAAGAUUCUUGAUUUCUGUGGUCUUCCUCCGGGCUCAGUCCCCGCGGUUAUUGUCGGCUCAAAGGCCGAUCUGGUUAUGAGGUGGGUUGUCCGUGGUUUAUCUCGUCUUGCCCUCCUUGUCUAUGGUCUCACAUUGUCGUGUUUUCUCUUCUUCCCAACUCUCCCCCAUUCGAAUCGUAGCCGCAAGGUCAGCUCAACAGACGGUCAGACCCUCGCCGACGAAACGCAAUGCGCGUGGACAGAGGCAAGCGCGAUGGUGCAUGGGGACAUCGUGAAAGUGUUUGAACUCUGUCUUGAAGAGAUAGAGCGCAGACUCGUACCGCCACGAUCCCCAGGCUUGCCUCCCCCGGACAGACCUAACAAUUGUGUACUCAUGUAA